AUGGCGGCCGGUUCACGACAGAUGGCUAGAUGGGAGACCGCUCAGGACGGCCUGGACAAGCUGUCCAAAUCCACUUGUCCAGUUCCCAUUCCAGGCGAGAAUGAAGUGCUCGUUGAAGUCCGUGCAGUGUCUCUGAAUUAUCGAGAUACCGAAGUUGCUAUGGGCCUAUAUAACCACCACAAAGCCAUUGGCGCAAGCCCGAAUGUGGUACCCUGCUCAGAUAUGUGCGGCAUUGUUGUUGAAGUCGGGCACUCCAGACAUGGUGGUUGGAAUGUUGGAGACCGUGUUCUUUCCAUUUUCAACCAGACCCACCUUACUGGCCAGAUCAAAGAGAAAGACAUGGCCUUUGGUCUCGGCUUGCCGCUUGAUGGUGUACUUCAGCAAUAUAGAGUCUUUCCAGUGACUGGACUGGUCAAAGCGCCUGAUUAUCUCACUGACGAGGAAGCAUCCACUCUGCCUAUUGCAGCAGUUACAGCAUGGAUGGCUAUCAACGGGAUGAGACCCGUCAACCAUCCAGGUGGGCAAGGAGAGACUGUCCUGCUACAAGGAACCGGCGGCGUUUCCAUAAGUGGCCUACAAAUUGCGCAUGCAGCUGGUGCGAAGACAAUUAUAACCUCCUCUUCCGAUGCCAAACUUGCUCGUGCCGAGGCGUUGGGAGCGACGUUCAGUAUCAACUACCGCAAGAAUCCUGACUGGCAGAACACCGUCAUGGAAUUGACCGAGGGCGAAGGCGCCGACCUCAUAUUUGAGACCGGAGGAGCACAGACUCUGAGGAAAUCAUUCGACUGUGUUUCAUUCGGGGGUCUUAUCAAUUGCAUCGGUUAUCUAAGCGGGAAGCAAGACGAACCUGUCGAUCGCACCAAUGCCAAUGUCCUGGCGCUGCGGCGCAAUGUUACGCUGAAAGGAAUUCUCAAUGGGCCCAGAGACAGAUUUGAAGAAAUGAUGCGCUUCUAUGAGGCAAAGAAGAUUAGGCCUGUGGUCGACAAAAUCUUCCCCUUCGACGAAGCCAAAGAAGCUUUUCAGUACCUAUACAGAGGGGCCCACUUUGGCAAAGUCGUCCUACGGGUAAGUUCUUGA